AUGAAAGAGCCUGUUUAUUCGAUGGAAUUAGGAGAAUUGCCAGGAACUAGACCAAGAGUAUUGAAAAAGGAGAGGAAUGUGGGAGCAGACAAAUAUAUAUAAGCCUAUCUGAGUAAUGAAAAAUUGAAGACAACUUCCAGUGAUAUAAAAAUGAGGAAUCCAUUAUUUUCUGACUUCCAAUACGCCUAAUAACAGUAGUUUGGGAAUGGAAUGCAAUAAUAAUUUAAGAGCUCACCAUAAUUGUUACAAUCUAAAUCAGUAAAUCCAGAAAAAGUGAGGCACUCAUAACGUAAUGAAAAUUUAGUAGAGGAUUCCAUUGAUCAAUUUUAAAGAUCAAGUCUCUUAUAACACUAACAAUAACAAAAUCAAAUUAUCAAAAAAUCAGAAGUGGAUUAGAAUUAUCAAUAGGAUUAACCUCAAUUGAGUUCUAAACAUAACUCCAGAAAAUCAUAAAAUUAUGAAAUCCAUUCUAAUAGAGCUGAUGCAAAUGAAUAUUAUCAGAAACUGCAAAACAAUUUGGCUAACAAAUUGAACACUGAAAGAGAAUAAUAAAGAAAAUUAUAUGUACGAAAUAAUGUGCUUGGUAGUAAAGAGUAUUAUAUUCCUCAAUAUAAUAUGGAUGUUAAAUUUAGCUUAUACGACAGACCAAAAUUUAAAGACUAUACGUAUUCAGAUGCAUCAUAUAAAGAAGUUGUCGAAUUAAAAAAUAGAUACUAAUUAAACGAGAUGAUGAACAAUGAAUUUGUGACAACUAGUAAAGACUAUGGAUAUGGAUUGAAGGGUUAUACAAAAGUCCCUAUCUACCCUUCUUCAAAGCCCUAAAAUAUUGAUAAAGAAUGA